AGUCAUCCUUCUGUCUCCCUCUGGGUUUCCAAGAAUCUUACCUUGGAACUCCAAUUGAACUGAGCCCUGGGCUUGUCUGCUGACCUUCUCAACAGUAAGGAGAACACCCCUGGAAGAGCAUGUGUCCUUCUGAGGGUACAGGGUUGAACCAGCUCUUCAUGAUGACUGUGGUCUGCUCUUAAGCCUUUCUAGCCGUUUCUUGUUUUGUGGCCUCACCCAAUCUUCACUGGGCAUCAAACCGAUGAAGAUCGAACCUUGGUCUCCAGCUCAGUUCCAACUCCACCUGUCCCCUCCAUGGGUGAUGGUGGAGACAAAGGAUAAAUUAGAGAAAGGGGUCAUCCAGGUCCACCCUUUGCCAUUACCCCAAGAACUCUUUCCUUUUUCCCAGGUUCUCCAAGCAGCUAUGGAUGUGGGUUUCUCGGGCCUGCCAGAUGUGUCUCAGAGUCAUAGCAAGACCUUGUGGGGGGCUCGGGGCAGGGGCCCCUCCAUACGUCGCCAGCGGGAGUUCAUGCCAGAAGAAAAGAAGGACACAGUUUACUGGGAGAAGCGGAGGAAGAACAAUGAAGCAGCCAAGAGAUCCAGGGAAAAGCGACGUCUCAAUGAUGCAGCCAUUGAGGGCAGGCUGGCUGCACUGAUGGAGGAGAAUGCCCUGCUCAAGGGUGAGCUGAAGGCGCUCAAGCUUCGCUUUGGCCUCCUGCCCCUGACUGGUGGGCCCCGGGCCUUGCCCCUGCAGGCUCUGCUAUUGGAAGCCCCCUGGACUGGAGACCCCCGGCCUGGGGCUGAAGCACUCUCAUCCUUGUCUGGCUCUCACAGCUGUCUCUUAAGGCCAUGUUCCCUGGAUGCUGGGAUUCCAGGAUGUCGGGGCUGCCUGCUGGCUCCCAGAUGGACUGGCUUGGCCACUUCUCCUAGGUCCCCCCAAGAGUCUGCAUCUCCUACCCUCAACAGAAUUGACAUGGCCUUGCAGACUGCCCUCCCACCUGCCCUCUUCAGCUGUCACCUCUUGGAGGGGCAUGUAGGGUCCAGACCAGAGCUCAGACCCUGCUGGGGGCUGUGGUCACCAGUGCCCUCUGGAUGCCGGGCUUCAGGGCCAUCAGAUGUGUUGCUGACACCCACUGCUGAUCCCAUGGGUCUGUCUCCUGGGGUGACCUGCCCUGUCCCAGGGAACAGUCCUGAGGGUCUGGGUCAGCCCUCUCUGCCCCACAAACUGCGCAUCAAGUCCCGAGCCUCAGGCAGGGUACCUCGUGGCUGGGAGGGUGGUCAGGCGCCCCUCUGA